GAUAUGAAUACCGCUAUGCGUUUUGAUUUUAAUAUAAAAACAUUUUAGUCUAUACCCAACAUUUCAAUGAAUAUUACAUUUCAAAUGCAAAUAUCAUUAGAUUUUCGACUAACACUAACUCAAUUAUAUAGUAAAACAUGAAAAUCAUUACUAUACUAUUUGCAUACAUUCUAGUACCAUUUUUGACAGUUUUAAUUUUUGUUGAGAGGGUUCAUUUACAGGUAAUAAAUGUAAAUGGGGAUUUAACAAUUGUCGGAUUAUUCCAAGUGCACAAACCAGAAGGGGAUUCAUGCGGAAUAGGCCUGAGCGUUGCGUCUGUAAUGACGUCAGAGGCAGUGAAAUGGUACAUUGAAGGAUUAAACCAAUAUGGCAACCUUCCUUUUAAAAUUGGCUUCGAAGGGCAUGGAACGUGUGGUCUGGUGAGCAAAGCAUCUGAGAUUUCAAUCAAACUGAUGAACAAAGCGCUUACCAAUAACAAUAUCCUAGGAGUUAUUGGCCCUGAAUUCAGUUCUGAAGCAGAAGCUAUUUCACCCAUUCUAAGCUCAGUUACAAAGGAGAGUCGUUUAGUACAAGUGGGAUUUUCAACCAAUGCAGCACGGCUUGGAGACGCUAGAAAAUAUCCGAACUUUGUGCGAGUCGUUCCGAAUGAUGACGUACAAGUUGAGGUGAUGAUCAAGACGAUGAAAUCUCUCGAAUGGAACAGAAUUGCCAUCAUCUAUGUCAACGAUACUUACGGUCGGGAUGCUAGCAACCGUCUCAUUUUGAGGGCAAACGAAGAGAGUAUUUGUACAUCUAUGAAUAGCGCUAUCCCGGUAGAAACUAGUGGAACUUUUAUUUCCUCUUUGUUAAACGACAUUAUUUACGGUACCAGGGACAGGUCAGCUAUAAAUGGAAUAGUUUACAUAGGUUCAAGUUUAUUCGCUCGUUCUAUAUUUAUUGCUUUAGAAAAUACGGGCUUUGCAUCCGUUCCUAUUUUCAUGUUGUCGGAAGGUACUAAUAUGCAGACUACAAUGUUCAAACAUCAUAGUGGGUUGACGAUUAAGGCGUCAAAAGGGUCUCUUGUCCUUGCACCUAACUAUAAGGAAAUCACUGAGUUCGCGUCCCAUUGGAGGUCAAUAUUCACAAACAAAACGUAUUUUGAAAAGGAAGUUAUGACCAACCCUUGGCUAAUGGAAGUAUAUUAUGAAAUCACAGAGUGUGAUAGAAGAAACUGUGAAUUUACGGCACUGACAGAGAGUGAUUAUACCAAUGCGUUUGAAGCACAAACGUUAUACGUGCAGUAUGCCAUUAUUGCUGCUCAUACACUUGUUAAGGGGACAAGAGAACUUUACGAUAAGCACUGCCCUUCCCCUGUAUUCUGUGAUACUUUUAAAACAGAAUAUCGUUCUGGCGACCUAGUUGAUAUUCUAGCAGAAAUUAAGAUUGACUUUGAAAAAGACUUUCUGUGGAAAUUACCGUCAUUAUCAGACCGGAAGCUUCAACUAAACAGCACGGAAACUCAACACAAGGACCUUUACCUAUACGAUGUUUUCAAUUUCCGCAAGAAAAAUGAACUUUCUUCUGAUUUUGAGCUGAUAAAGGUGAGUAAUCACUUAGAUAACGACAUAACCAUAAACAAAGAGGAGUUUAGAGACUACACGAUCAGUGGCGAGGAGCUAGUUUGGCCUUACGUACGAAAGGCGCAAUGCAAUGUUAAUACAAAAUGUGCCGAGUGCAUCAAUAUUGAAAAACUACAUGAAAGUAUCAUAUUUGAAACAGGAGACAUCUAUAUUGUGGGUGUCGUGCCAGUUUUUGAUCGUGACAGCACCUCCAGAGAUGGUUGUGGAAAUAUACGUGUAGUCAGCGGAUAUCAAACAGUUGAAUCAAUAAGAUUUGCUGUGAAGAAAGUCAAUACGAAAACCGGCGAUUUUUCUGGCUUCUUUCCCGGUUUAAAAAUUGGCCUAAUUGUUUUGAACUCGUGUAACGAUCCUGUCAUAAUUCAACGGAAGAUUCAUACACUUAUUCAUAAUGGCGUAAAAAUGGCAGACGGAUCUGUUAUAGAUCUUCAUAACAGAAUAUUAGGAUUUAUUGGUGAUAUAGAAAGCAGUAUAAGCAUUGCUGUGGCAGAAUUACUGUCAAGAUUACAAUUUGCACAGAUAAGCUUUGCUUCUACAAGUCCCUUGCUCAGUGAUAGAUCUAAAUAUCCAUAUUUUAUGAGAGUUGUUACUCCAGAUGAUGCCCAAGCAAGAGCUAUAACUGAAAUUAUUAAAAAGCUCGAGUCUAACUAUGUUCAGAUUGUUUAUAGCACUGGCGCAUACGGUGAAGCAGGGAAGGAUAAAAUUAAAGAGGAGGCGUUCAAAAGCAAAAUAUGUGUGGUCCAAGAAAUCCCCGUAGAGGAAACUGGGAGUGCAUUUGAAAUAUUUGAAAAGUUGCGGCGGUUCACACAUGCACGUUUGGUUAUCAUUUUUCUACAGUCCCACCGAUUAGCUUCUGUGGUAUCAGCCUUAAUCUCGCAAAUUGAUAAAAGAGGAGAAUUCAUGUUUAUUGGAUCUGAAGCAUGGGCUCGAAAGCGAGAUCCAUUGAAAACAGACAAUAAGCAAAUUCUUCUUGGUUCUUUUACGCUAUCCCUUGAAAUGUAUGAAGACAACGAAUUACGAACGCACAUUCAAAAUCUCAUCCCAAAACCUUUUAAUCAGAACCCAUGGUCAACAUUGUAUCUACAAGAGAAAAGGAAUUGCUAUUAUGAUUUAAGUUUUGAUAAGACAAAAGUUGAGAUGUGUUCUUUAGAUAAUGACGACAGCUCUGGUACAGAUUUUACGUUGGACUCCUGGGCAACAUCCGCCUAUAUUGCAACAAAGGCACUUCUAAUGGGAGGCAAUGAUUUUCUAACAGACAAAUGUAGUCAAAACACGAAUACACUUUGCGAAGAAUUCAGACAAAAUACGAAAGGUUUUGUAGAGGUGAUUCAGAGAACGAAGCUUGAUCUAGAUGGUUCCGGAAACAAGAAUAAAGUUUUCAAUGACAACGGCGACGGCAAUACAGGUUACCGAAUUUACAACAUUCAAAAAGACGAUGAUGACUCACAAAAUCUAAUUUACGUUGAG